ACAUUAGAGCGCGCUGAUUUUGAAAUGUGCGUUUCAUAAGCUUAAGAGGGCGAUCAACAGUAGCAUGAAAUAGAAAUAAAUAAUUAAAAUCAUUACCAAAAAUACAUAAGAUUUGAAAAACAAAAUCACACUAAAUGCUUGUCCAACCAAGUCCAGUUGUUUAUCCUGUACACAGCAACAUCGUGAAGAAUUUGAUGUGGAAAUGGUUCAUAAUGCAGGAAGUAAAUAUUUACAAACUGUACAGUGUAUAAAAACCGUCGAGACACGUGACAUAUAUUCAGGAGUAUGGGCAAAGACAAGCGUGUUGUAUAUUUUUACGAUCCAGAUUGUGGAAAUUUUCAUUAUGGACCGAAUCAUCCUAUGAAACCACAUAGACUUACACUGACUCAUACUCUUGUGGUAAACUAUAAUCUGACAGAUCGCAUGAAGGUCUACAAACCGUAUCAUGCCAGUAUGAAGGAUAUGAUAUCAUUUCAUUCACAAGAAUAUAUCGAAUUCCUGCGUGAUGUCACACCAUCUAAUGUGCAUACAUUUCCUAAAGAAAAAUUAUUAACCUAUAAUAUUGGUGAGGAUUGCCCAAUUUUCGACGGUAUAUAUCGCUUUUCCUCUAUUCACACUGGUGCAUCACUUCAAGCUGCUAAAUACUUAAAUAAUGGAGUAACAGAUAUUGCAAUCAAUUGGUCUGGGGGACUUCAUCAUGCUAAGAAAUUUGAAGCGUCUGGAUUUUGUUAUGUAAAUGAUAUUGUUAUAGCCAUAUUAGAAUUAUUGAAAUACAAUCCACGUGUACUUUAUAUCGAUAUUGAUGUUCAUCAUGGUGAUGGCGUACAAGAAGCAUUUUAUCUCACGGAUCGUGUAAUGACAGUAUCGUUUCAUCGUUAUGGAAACAUGUUUUUCCCUGGAACAGGUGAUAUGUACGAAAUUGGAGCCAAAGCUGGGAAAUACUACGCAGUGAAUGUUCCUUUAAAAGAAGGCAUUGAUGAUGACAUGUAUUUCAGUGUUUUCCGAGCUGUUAUAAAUGACGUAGUUGCAUUUUAUCGACCAACAACUAUUGUACUUCAAUGUGGCGCUGAUUCGUUAGGCUGUGAUCGGUUAGGUGUAUUCAAUCUGUCUAUUAGAGGUCACGGGAGAUGUGUUCGAAUGGUUAAAGAACUUGGUCUGCCAUUAUUGGUUGUUGGCGGUGGUGGUUAUACUGUACGGAAUGUAGCACGCUGUUGGGCAUAUGAAACAGCCGUCCUACUCGAUCAAGAGAAAGAAAUUUCCAAUGAAUUACCUUAUUCCCCGUACAUUGAAUUCUUUUAUCCUGAUUAUACAUUACAUCCAGACUUGACAACUAAGUUGGAUAAUGCGAACACACGGCAAUAUAUUGAAGCGCUACGAAUGACAGUUCAUGAUAAUUUAAAACAACUUGUACAUGCUCCAAGUGUUCAAUUUACUGAUGUACCGAAUGAUUAUCUAGCGAACUUUUGUAAUGAUUCGAAUGAUGAACGGGAAAAACCAAACGAACUGUUUGUUGAAGAGGAGCAAGACUCAACAGCUGCUUGAUAACAAUUAAUUUUUCUCGUCAACAAAUUUUAUUUUCAUUUUAAUCUUCGUUAUUCCUCUCUCUUUCAUAUAUAUGCAAUUUCGUAUUACAAGCACACCGUUCUCAAACAACGUCCCGCCCCAAAAACAUUAACAACAGUAGGAAAGAUCACUUUUCUGAAGAUUUCAGUUCAAUAAAAAAAUAUUCUUGUCUCAAGUGUGAAAUAUUAUUGUUAUGAUUACCAUUAUUACACGUCAUGGAGAAAACAUCAUUUCUCCGAAAUACAAAUUGCAAAAUGAAAAAAAGAGAGAAAUUGUGAAAUCUACCAAAAAAUCAUGUAUAAAAUUUAUUCUUUGUAUCUUCCUAAAAAUAUAUGUAUGAAAUGAUGUUAAUGGCAAAUGUUGUAUGUAUGUAUAAUAUCAAUUAUUGUUG